GGCAAGGCAAUGACCACGUGCGUCUCGCGUGGACUCCCGCCAAGUAAGUGUAGAAACGGAGACUCGUUCGUUAAUCACUAUCACUCAUCCUCGCGCCUCUCUCGUAAUUUAUGAAUUUCACACUUUUUCUUCUUCCCUUUCAAUUUUCCAAACCCUUGGCGCCAAACUAGCAGGUUAGGGUUAGGGUUAGGGUUCCAAUGGGAAGCAAAGACAGCGACCACCACUUGUCCACCGUCCGAUCCAUCGUCGGUUCCGAAUUCACCGACAUGGAAAUCAUCAGAGCCCUACACAUGGCCAAAAACGACGUCACUGCAGCAAUCAAUAUCAUCUUCGACACGCUCACACCCUCAAAAUUCAAACCCACUCGCCCCAGCAAUCCGCAGCCGGUUUCUCCUCCAACACCCUCCUCUCCCGCCGUCACCGUCGCCGCCAACUCCAACCAUAGUGACGGCGAAGGACGCAGCGUUAAUAACCGCGAUGAUUGGUGGUUCGUGGGUUGCGGCGAAAUGACGGGUUUGUCCACGUGUAAAGGGAGGACUUUAAACUGCGGCGAAACGGUGGUUUUCAAAUUUCCGACGAAGACGCUCUCGGCUUCGCCUAAGGGGUUCGGACGUGCAGCGACUUGUUCGGAGAUAGUUCGAUUCUCCUCCGAAAGAGCUGGGGAGAUUGGUAGAAUACCGAACGAAUGGGCUCGGUGUCUUUUGCCUCUUGUGCGGGAUCGUAAGGUUAGAAUUGAGGGGCAGUGUAAAUUCGCACCUAAUGUUUUGGGCAUCAUGGACUCCAUUAUUUUGUCGGUGAGUGUAUUUAUCAACAGUUCGCUGUUUGGCAAGCAUCACCAGGUUUCUCUCAAGGAUGCUGCCAACUCCACGGAUGAGUCAGUGUUUCAUCCGCUUCCAACUUUGUUUCGGUUGCUUGGCCUAAACCCUUUUAAGAAGGCAGAGUUAACUCCUGGUGAUUUCUAUUCCAACAAGCGUCCUCUCAGCCAAAGGGUCCCAUCACUACGUGCCAAGUCUGAGUAUCCUUCUCAAAAUGGUCACGAGAAUGACAAUGAAGAUUCCAUUUCAGAAAUUGAUGUUGAGAACAUUGUUGGUGUUGGAUCAAACUCAGAGUUAGAGGAAAUGGAUCCCCCUAGUAAUCUUCUGUGUGAACUGAGGCCCUAUCAAAAGCAAGCGCUUUAUUGGAUGAUACACAUGGAGAAGGGACAAGCUAUGGAUGAGACAACAACAACCCUCCAUCCAUGUUGGGAGGCAUAUCACCUGGCUGACAAGAGGGAGCUUGUUGUUUAUUUGAAUGCAUUUUCUGGUGAAGCCACAAUAGAAUUUCCUAGCACCCUUCAAAUGGCCAGAGGAGGAAUUUUGGCAGAUGCUAUGGGGCUUGGAAAGACCAUCAUGACCAUAUCCCUUCUCCUUGCCCAUUCAGGAAAGGGUGGACAAAUAGGAAGUCAACCCAUAACCCAGACCUUUAUUGAAAGCAGUGAUGUUAGUGAUACAGUGCACAAUUUUUCAAGCAUACCCAAGAAGGCAAACAAGUUUGCUGGUUUUGAUAAACUGGGGAAGCAAAAGAAUGCUCUAACAAGUGGUGGCAACUUGAUAAUAUGUCCUAUGACUCUUCUUGGGCAAUGGAAGGCAGAGAUUGAAACUCAUGCACACCCCGGGUCUCUGUCUCUAUAUGUUCACUAUGGACAAAGUAGGCCAAAAGAUGCAAAAAGUCUUGCUCAAAGUGAUGUUGUAAUUACUACAUAUGGAAUCUUGGCCUCUGAAUUUUCUAGUGAGAAUGCAGAGGAUAAUGGUGGGCUCUUCUCAAUUCGGUGGUUUAGAGUGGUUCUUGAUGAAGCACAUACCAUAAAAUCUUCUAAAAGCCAAAUUUCUAUGGCAGCUGCUGCUCUAAUUGCUGACAGACGUUGGUGUCUAACAGGCACUCCUAUCCAGAACAGCCUUGAGGAUAUUUAUAGUCUUCUGCGGUUUCUGAGAAUAGAGCCUUGGGGUCAUUGGGCCUGGUGGAACAAACUUAUUCAGAAACCAUUUGAGGGCGGUGAUGAAAGAGGGCUGAAGUUAGUUCAAUCAAUUUUAAAGCCAAUCAUGUUGAGGAGAACCAAACAUAGCACAGAUCGAGAGGGAAAGCCCAUCCUAGUUCUCCCUCCAGCUGAUAUGCAGGUAAUUUACUGUGAACCCACAGAAGCUGAAAAAGACUUUUAUGAAGCCCUAUUCAAAAGAUCUAAGGUAAAGUUCGACCAGUUUGUUGAGCAAGGGCGUGUUCUUCAUAAUUAUGCUUCAAUAUUGGAGUUACUUUUACGUCUUCGGCAAUGUUGUGAUCAUCCAUUUCUUGUAAUGAGUCGAGGUGAUACCCAAGAAUUUGCCGAUCUGAACAAACUAGCUAAGCGCUUCCUUAGAGGAACCUAUAAUGCUUCAGAAGGUGAAAUAAAAGACGGACCUUCACGGGCUUAUGUUCAGGAAGUUGUUGAAGAGCUACGCAAAGGGGAGCAAGGAGAGUGUCCAAUAUGUCUUGAAGCAUUUGAAGAUGCAGUGUUGACACCUUGUGCUCACCGCUUAUGCCGGGAAUGCCUCUUGGCAAGUUGGCGAAAUGCUACUUCUGGUUUAUGUCCUGUUUGUAGGAAAACGAUUGGCAGGCAGGAUCUUAUCACUGCCCCUACUGAGAAUCGGUUUCAGGUGGAUAUUGAGAAGAACUGGAUAGAGUCGUGCAAGGUGACUGUUCUUUUGAAUGAACUUGAAAAUCUCCGCUCAUCUGGCUCCAAAAGCAUUGUUUUCAGCCAGUGGACUGCUUUUCUCGACCUCUUGCAGAUUCCCUUCACUAGGAGUAACAUUUCAUUUGUUCGUCUUGAUGGGACUUUGAAUCUGCAGCAGCGGGAAAAAGUAAUCAAGCAAUUCUCAGAAGACAGCAACACCCUGGUCUUGUUAAUGUCAUUAAAAGCUGGUGGAGUGGGUAUAAACCUACCAGCCGCUUCUAAUGCUUUUGUCAUGGACCCAUGGUGGAAUCCGGCUGUUGAGGAACAAGCUGUCAUGCGUAUACAUCGCAUUGGACAAACAAAGAAGGUGGCUAUUAAAAGGUUUAUUGUGAAGGGGACAGUUGAGGAGAGAAUGGAGGCAGUGCAAGCACGUAAACAACGAAUGAUUUCUGGUGCCUUGACUGAUCAAGAAGUUCGAACUGCUCGGAUUGAGGAGUUAAAGAUGCUUUUUACUUAGACCAUUGAGGCAGUACAAAAAGACAUGUUUGCUUGCUGUUAGGUGCACCAUCACUUCCACAUUUUUUGCUUCUCCUGGUUUUCUUUUGUUCUCAAGGGCUGGUGAUCUGCAAGGUAAUUGUGACUUGUAACAUGAAGGUGCUUCUUAGGCAGCAUGUGUGCCAGGGACUCGUUAUAGCUUGCAACUUACAUAGCAAGAUCAAGUUUAGUGCAUGUCUUGAUCAACACAAUGCUCGAGACAGGCUGUUUGGAAGGGGAGGGGCAAUUUAGAUGAACAUCUUUGAUGUAUAUGGAGAUAUGCUAUUGUUAUGCUAUGCUAUGUUUGAGAGAGGGGAACGAGUGGAAAGAGAAGAAAUGGAGGGACUUAUUUCCCCUAGUUUGAUAUUUAAGUUAAAAAAAUAAGGGGAAUUCCCUUCAUGUUUGGGACUUAAAAGUUAAAAUGGAGGGAAGGAUAAGUUAUAAAUUUAGAUUUACAAUACGGUUUUGUCAAUCUUAAAUUAUGUCGAGUGUAUAUAUGUAAUUCAACAACUGUUUAAUUAAAAAUGAAUUCUUUCGUCUAA